AUGGAAACGCCAUCAAUCGAUAUUCAAAAUAUUCGAGCACAAUAUGGAAAUACGUAUCUUCUUGAAGAAAAUCUCCCAUCAACAAAUCCAUUCACGCUUUUCGAUAUUUGGUUUCGUGAAGUCGCAUCGGAGACAGGCCUGACUCUCGAGGAAAUCAGCCCGGUUUGUGUGUCGGAGCUCCGUCCAUCGUCCAGAAUGGUUCUGCUGAAAGACUACACACCAACCGGAUUCUCAUUCUGUUCAAAUUACUCUAGUCGGAAAGGAAGUCAAUUGGAUGAAAAUCCAAAUGCUUCUAUGUUGUUCUACUGGCCGAAAGUCAAUCGUCAGGUUCGCGUGGAAGGUGUGGUCGAGAAACUUCAAGACGAAAAGGCCGUUAAUUACUGGAACCAAAGACCACUUUCUAGUCGUAUAUCAUCCAAGUUGAGUGUUCAAUCUGAAGUGGUUCCGGACAGACAGUACCUAGAAGCCAAGAGAACGGAGCUCAUUGAGCUAGCUGAGCGUGAAGGAUCCCAUGCCAUCACGAAGCCGGAUUCUUGGGGAGGAUAUCAUCUCGUUCCAAGAUACUUCGAAUUUUGGCAAGGACAAUCCGACCGUCUCCAUGAUAGAAUCGUGUUCGAAAGAGAUGUGGAUGUGUGGCUCCUCAAGAGAUUGUCGCCAUAA